AUGCAGUUUGAUUGUGCCGUUGCAGUACAGCUUCUUUAUCCUGACCAAGAUAAUUCUAAUUUGGUUCAUGAGAUGGCAAUGGUCUCAGCCAUUCAGGAAGCUCAGAAGGAUAAUCUCAGAAGCUUUAAUGAUUACACGAUGAAAGUUUUACAGGAGGAUUGGCAAAAGGAAAAACGCGACUUUCUUCAAAGUUUAAGCCGAAUUUCAACAUUACCCAGGACUAAUAUGAUUGAAACCCGCUCCGGGGGUUCUCAUCCUGGUCAAACAGUGUCCAUUGCAUCUAGCUCUCAAGUUUCACCUGGUCCAAAUAGCAUGGGUCUCGUACCUCUAGCUAACAAGCCUAUCCUUGAUAAAAAGGCAUCAGUCUAUGCUGAAGUUGUGAAGAAUCUGAACAAUGCAAGGGAGCGUGGCUUACCAUUUAAGCCUGCUACAGCUUUCAAGGGUGCUUAUGAGAGUUUGGGCGUUGAGGGAUCUAGCGGAAAAUCUGUUAACAUGCAGAAGAUAUGGCACCUCAUUCAGAUGCUGAUGGGUGAGGAUUCAACUAUGCAACAUAAUGUUUCAAAGAAGAUGUCACUAAUCAUUGGUGCAAGGCGCCAUCUGGAAUGGGGGCAUGAGAAAUAUAUCAUGGAUACAAUACAAAGUCAUCCUGCACAGGCUGCUCUUGGUGGGGCUGUUGGAAAUUUGCAAAGAGUCCGCGCCUUUCUUCGGAUUCGUUUAAGAGAUUAUGGAGUUCUGGAUUUUGAUGCAGGUGAUGCUCGUAGACAACCUCCCGUUGAUACCACUUGGCAGCAGGUCUUGAAUACGCUGUUUGGGAACUGUGGUCCGCAUUCUGCUCACCGUUUUUAG